CUUCCUGGAGGGAAUCAGGCCAUGGCUUGGAUCCUGCUUCUGCUGCUGUCAGCAACAUGCUUGCAAGCUGGUUAUUCCACAGGAUCUAACAGAGUAAAUGGCUUUGGGGUCAACCAACCAGCACACCUCUCUGGUGUCCAGGGCGGCUCCAUUGAGAUCCCCUUCUCCUUCUACUACCCCUGGGAGUUGGCAGAGGAUCCACAGAUGAGCAUUCACUGGAGAUGGAAAAACUAUCAUGGAGAAUUUAUCUACAACCACACCCCACCUUUCAUACUUGAGCAUUUCAAGAACCGGCUCAUCCUGAACUGGACACAGCCUCAGACAUCCGGAGUCCUCAGAAUCCUGAACUUGAAGGAGAAGGACCAGAUAGUGUACAUCGGCCGAGUUCGUCUGAACACAAGAGAAGGCAUGAAGGAGUUUCAGUCGAUUCCUGGGACCCAACUCACCAUCACUCGUGCCAUCAGCACCACCAGGCAGAGCCCCUCCAUCACCGCCUCUGCAGUCACCACAGCUGGCCUGGAGGACACAGAGGGGCAGAGGAAUCCAUCACUUGUGAAUCUGGUAGCUACGGUCGGGUGGUGUUGGCCACAGCUGUGCUCAUAA